AUGAGCAGCUUAUUUCUACUGAGGAAAUCUUCCUCAUCGAAAAAGCUCGCUCUCGUUGCGUUCAACAGUCUAUUCACUGGAAAAUUGAUUCCCAGAAAUUCCCUUAUUUCUCCCAAAAUUCAUAAUUAUGUCGCCACUUCUAGAGAAAAGGCACCAGUGCCUUCAUCUGCACCGUUUUGUUCAGCUACGAGAUGUUUUCACGCGGGCCGGACCUUAAGGGCUGAGUAUGCAGUGGCUGAUUUAUCUGAUGCCGAUGACAGGAGAGGGUCGAGUGGGGUUGCGGAUGAUGGGCUCGAGAUCGCGAAGCUUGGGAUUUCGCAAGAGAUUGUCUCCACUUUGGCUCGUAAGGGUAUUACUAAACUCUUCCCCAUUCAGAGAGCUGUUCUAGAACCAGCAAUGCAGGGGCGAGACAUGAUAGGUCGAGCAAGAACUGGGACUGGAAAGACAUUAGCUUUUGGCAUUCCAAUCAUGGAUAAGAUCAUUCAGUACAAUGAGAAGCAUGGGUUAGUUCUCCUUGAUUAUAACUAA